GGCGCCGCCGCGGGCAGCGAUGGCGGAGCCCGGCUCGCCGGGCUGCGAGGAGCUCGGGGCUGCUGCUUCCGCCCCGGAGCCGCCCCCGGCCGCCGCCUCCUCCUCCUCCUCGUCUUCCCCGGGCCCCGGAGCGGCGGCUGCGGAGGAGCCGGAAGCCGCGGAGGCGGCGGCUGAGGGCGAGGCGGGAGAGGCUGGCGGGGGCGGCGAGCUCAAGGCGGAGGCGCAGACGGGGGAGGUGCGGAGCGCCGAGGGCGAGGUGGUGGACGGGGAGGACCCGAGCCUGCAGCCGUGCGCGGCCAAGAAGGUGAAGCUGGAGCUGAAGGAGAGGAAGGAGAAGAAGCACAAGGUGGAUGAGGAUGAGAUCCAGAAGAUGCAAAUAUUGGUCUCUUCCUUUUCUGAAGAACAAUUGAAUCGUUAUGAGAUGUAUCGCCGGUCUGCUUUCCCCAAAGCUGCUAUUAAACGGCUGAUCCAGUCAAUUACUGGCACCUCUGUCUCUCAAAACGUGGUUAUUGCCAUGUCUGGCAUUUCCAAGGUCUUCGUUGGGGAGGUGGUGGAGGAAGCACUGGAUGUAUGUGAGAAGUGGGGAGAGCUGCCACCUCUACAGCCCAAGCACAUGCGAGAGGCAGUGAGGAGGCUCAAGUCACGAGGACAGAUACCCAAUUCCAAAUAUAAGAAAAUCAUCUUCCACUGAAAUAUCUCAAAAGCAGCGAGAGAAGACAGAAGUUAAAACAAGCUUCCAGUUGGGUACUGUGCAGCGGAGCUAUGAGGCUUAAGCACUUCAAGCCUCUGUUGUUGCCUGCCCAUAUUGUUCUCCAAGAGCCUAUAGGAAAACAAACCUUGAUGCUGAAGUUGUGCUGUGGUUUGUUUCUGGUUUACAACAUGUAGCCAUUAAUACUUCAGGCAUGGUUGAUGGGGUGGGAGGGCAGGGGAAAAAGUGCUGCGGAUGAAGCUUGGAGUACCUCUGUGUAAAGUAAUACAGUUGUCUCCGAUUGUGGUAUUGGAGCCUCCCCUUCAAGGAGCCUGUAACCAUUCCACUGCGUGUAGACCUUCAUUUAAGCUACCGUGGUGAGGCUUCCUGGAGUAACUGCUGGGGUCUGCUUGAUCUUAGCAAUAUGCUGGAGCAAGCAGCAGCCAAACAAUGGACUAGGGGCCUCAACAGUCCAGCGAUGGGAACCAUCAAGGUCUUCAGUGUAUUUACCCAACAGGAUCUUGCUUUCUGUUGACAUUGAUGUAGUGGUGUCUAGGUACAGAAGUGUCUUUUUGUACAUUAAAUUUGUUACUGUUUUUAUA